AUGUCCUUGAAUAAUUUGUUAUUCGAUAUUCCACUUUGGUAUAUUUGCUCAUUUCAUAUUCUUGGAACAUUAUCAAUUCUUCUCAACACAUUCGGAAUGUAUUUAUUAAUCUAUAAAACCGAUAAAAUGGAUAAGUAUAAAAUAUAUUUAUUUGCAUUUCAAUUCAUGACAACAAUUGUUGAUUUGACAAUAUCAUUUGCAGUUCAACCGGUUUCACUUUUACCAAUUUGGGCGGCUCAUACAUCAACUGGGUUACUGUGGAAAUUGUUCAAAGUUUCACCGCAUAUUGCUCUUCUAUUUCUUCUGGUUACUUUGGAAUUACAAAUUGUCACACUUGUUUUAUGUUUUGUCAAAAAACAUGAAUCAAUAACUUUGAUUGGUAAAAUAAGUUUUACUAAUUCUAAUAAAUUUAUUUUAAAUAAUAAAUUGAAAAGCAAAAUACUGGUAGUUAUCCUAACUCUAUUGAUUAUUCUUCCAAUUUUAUUAUUUUUCAAUGAGCCUUCAAAAGAAAUACAAUUUCAAACAAUUUAUAACAAUUAUUUAGAAGUUUUUGAAAAAUUUCAACAUUUGGAAAACUUUGUUUUAUACGAGAAAAAUUGGAAGACUUAUUUUUUAUUAACAAUUGGAACUUUAUCGCAAUUAAUCAUUGGAAUAUUCAUUGGCUUUUUGAAUCAUCAAAUUUUCCAAACCUUCAAAUUCAAACUGGAAACAAUCUCAAGAAUAGUUCAACACCGCCACCGCGUCGCUCUUUAUAGUUUGAUCGCUCAAACAUCCACUUAUUUUGUCUUGCUUAUCCCUAUUAUUAUAUUUAUCCUUUCCGCGUAUUUGAAUUUAGCUGAAAUCGAAAAUAUCAGCCCAAGUCUUAUGAUUAUUUUCACCUCGCAUUCUAGUCUCAAUUGUAUAGUUAUGAUUUUGUCAACUCCGAGAUUCCGAAGAUUUUUAUUUUUGAGAUUCAAGUGUUGUAGGCCAAAAAAUGUUUCUCGCACAGAACCGAUGCCUUUUUGAAUAAAAAUAAAUGGAAUACAUUUUGUUUUUUGAUUCACAGAUACAAAAAAUUGUAGGUUCUAAUUCCACGAAAGCUCUUAGAACCCAUCUCCAAAAAUAAACAGGAUUACUUGCAAAAUCAGAAGAAGAGAGAGAAAAAAUCAUUUCCGAAUGUUCAUCUAGGAAGGAAAUGUAAUCAUAAGGUUUUGAUCAGACAAAGAAUCUUUGAGCUGACAAAAAUUGUUCGAGACAAGUUCAAUGAGCAAAAAUUGAGUAAUUGUCUGGAAGUGACAUGCGUAAUACUUUUCUGAAAAAUAAUAUAGUUCGUGUCUGACAUUUUUGAAAUUGUGUUUUUAAAAAUAUGUAGAAGAAUUGCUUGAUUUAUUCAUAAAUUUUCACACAUAUUUUAUUGGGGUGUUUUUGUACUUUUUGAAAAUUUUUUUUGGAAUAUCUCCAAAUUUUCAGAAUUUGUUUAG